CGGGAACAGCAGACAGACAGAGCAGACGAGAAAGUAAAGUCACGGGAAGUAGAAGUUCGGCCAAGGAAAGUUAAAGGAUGGAAGCUUCUAAUAAUGUCGAAAACAAAGAACAUUUCAAGAGACGUGGAACAUGGAGAAAUCACCGUAUAUGUAGAGCCCCUUGCAACUCCGUAGGCCUACUAAUGCUCAUGUUUCCUCUCCCCGUGGUAAUUUCAAGUUUUCCUACUCAAGACAAUCGCUGUUACCUGGCCAGUGGGGGCUCAGCGGAAGCUUUUACAGUGAGUGAGUCACUAGCUGUUGGUAGCGUAAUAGGAAAUCUUCACGUUGAGGGAGUCCCUUCUAGAAACGGUAAUAUCUCAUUAUCUCUUGCUGACGAAAACUCUCCUGUUUCAAUACAACCAUUUUCUAAAACACUCAUCCUCAAGACAAAGUUAGAUAAGGAAGGCGUGGAAGGACUACAGAAUGUCCAGUUUGAAGUGAUUUGUUCUAAGGUUGGGGCAGAUGAUCCAAGCAUCUCCAUCCCUGUUCGCGUGGUUGUUACUGAUGCCAACGAUAACACCCCUAGAUUUGUAAGGACACCAUACGUCAUCAAUGUAAGUGAGGUUACUGUAGUAGGAACAGUGGUGAAAGAAGACAUCAAAGCAGAAGAUGAUGACCAACCCGGGCCAUAUAGUACUGUGGAAUAUUUUGUGGAGCCUGGACCAUAUUCUCACUUGCUGAGCUUCGAGAGUCGUCUGGAUGGAAAGCUAGUAUUGAAAGCAUCAUUAGAUUAUGAAACACUUCCUCGUUUUUCUGUCACUAUUCGAGCUCAUGAUCAAGGUGAUCCGCCAAGAAGUGUUAUGACCAGACUAACUGUCAAUGUUGUAGACGCAGAUGACCAGAACCCGAUAUUCCUAGUGGAUAAGUACACCGCAAUAUUACCCAACUCCCCUCAAUCAGACUUAGAGUUAGUUAUUUCUCCGGAGCCAGUUCUGGCUGAAGAUCCAGAUGUUGGAAUUGGAUCCCCUUUACGCUAUACUUUCAACUCUGAUUCUGAGGAGUAUACGUACUUCAACCUUGACCCUGUGUCGGCAAAGGUCACCAUCAAAAGGCCGAUCCCACAGAAUUUUCCUCUACCGGUGACUCUUGUUAUUCGCGCUUCUCAACUAAAUGAGAAAGACAGAUUUACCCUGACCACUCUGACUAUUAGAACAGAUCAUCCUCUACCAACAGUUUUAAAGUUUCUCCAGACUGAUUAUGUCACAACAGUUUUGGAAAACACGCCCCCUGGUGUAGUGAUUUUGACUGUCCAAACGUCUAAGUUUGUGGACACGAAUAUCCGAUACCAGUUGCUAGAUGACGUUUCGGAACAGUUUGCUAUCAGAAGUUCCUAUGCCAUUCCUGUUCUAUCGAGUAAACAAAGACUUUUAACUGCACGUGAACAUCAAAAUGAUGUAGCCAGGCUUAACAUAACUGUGAUGAAUGUCAAUGACAACGAUCCAAUUUUCAGGCAGAGUCAGUAUACUUUCACUGUGCAUGAUCCGGAUGUAAGAAUUGGAUCUCUUGUAGGAAAAGUUGAGGUAACAGAUGGAGACUGGAAUGAUAAGAUAGAUUUACAAAUCAAAGGUCCAUUUUCUGAUGUUUUUUCUAUCUCGAAUCGUGGUGAGCUCCGCAUCCGACAGGUUGAGCACCUAAAUUCAUCAAUAAUUCACAUGAUUGUUGUUGCUACAGACAAUGGAGUCCCACCCCGCCAGUCAAGCGUUUCACUAACUAUUACAUUCCCCGAGGAGUUAUUGCAAGGCGGUGUAUCAGAAGAAAAUCAUCCCAAGAAUUCCUUUAUUUUGAUGGUGGUUUUUGGAGUGAUACUAGGGACUCUAUUAAUUGUCAUUGUAUCCCUAACACUGUAUAUACUGAAGAGCAAGCAACAUAUCGAGGAGCGCCCUUCUGCUGUUCGAAGAUCUCAAUAUCAGAGUAAAGUGACAAGGCCGCCACCGGCGAGGAUCCAACCAGCCAUGCACAAUGACGACCAGAACCAGCCUGAGCAGGGCGCUGACAGGAAUGCAAUAUUUAUUGUGGAUCAACCUGAACUCAAGAAUGUGAAAGAAGAAACUGGCAAUAACAGCAAACCAUCUCCCCAAGCUGAACACGUUAAAAAACACAAGUUACAUUCUCCAGAUGAUAACUUUCGAGAAAAUCCACAAGAACACAAAACAGAAGUGAUUAAACAAAACCAGCCCAAUGUAAAUGGCUAUGCCCAAGGUUUAGUGACAGAACUACAAAGUAAGAUCCAUACUAUCCGAUGGCCAAAUGGAUCCAUUCCGCGACGAGUUAAGAAGCUAAGCUGGGAUGAAGACGAAAGAUCGAUUGGAACCGAGCUAGACCCGGAUGUCAGCGUAAUUCCAUUAAAGUUAUCAGGAACAAUGGACCGUUCAGACAUGUUAGCCUACUUUUGAUAAUAACUAAAUGCAGUUCUUCGGUUUGAAAAUGCUUAGUAACAGAUCCUAUGAGUCUAUCCCAUCCGAAAGUGCUUGUAUAUAUGAAAAACACUUAAUUUAAAUCUCUUUGAAAUUGUUUUCAAAGAUAAAAGUGCCUUUUAGAAACACUAACCUUCAAGUAUGUCAUCUGAAACGAAGAAUAACAUAUCGCAUUGAAUAUAGGAAAGACAUCCCGAUAUUAUAGCUCUCCACUAUUAAACUUCCAGUUUUUGAUCUAAUAAACAUAUUUAGAAUCUUUAUUUUAAACGUGAUUUUCUGUGAUCAGUGUAAAGAAUAUUGACUAGACAAGAAUUCCAUCAUGAUUGUAAUGGCGUUCAUAUAUCCAACAAGAACACCAUGGCCGUGAUAAAUUUGAUUUAAACAAAAUAAAGAUAAAGACUAAUUCAUCAUUUGAUAGUUUUUACAAAUAGGGGCUUCCACAUUUUUUAUACAUUAUUUUGCUUGCAAAGAAAGCAGUAGAGAGGGUGUAGGAUAUUGCACUGGCAGCAAAACAUAUUUUUGGUUUUACAUGUUACUAAAAGUACAGCAGAAUAUAUAUAAAUUCAAAGGUUGUUGUUGAACGACAUAACUGCGUCAGAGCUUCUAAAUGUUUUGUGUUUGUAGUACCUGUUCAAAGAAUACCGAUUUUUCAGAAAAUGUAGUAAUUGUUCAAUGGCUAUUGAUUUUUCAAUACAUGUAGUAAUUGUUCAAUGGCUAUUU